AUGCAAACCAUCAUUCUUAUCGCUGCUCUGUUUGGUGCUGUUAUGGCUGACCUACAUUCAUUUCAUGACCAUGGCCCAGAAAUUCAACGCUUACCACUUAGGCCUCAUGGAAAACCAUGUCCACAUCCACACAAACACCAAGGAAUACAAAGACUUCCCCAGCGAAAUGUACACCAAGAACCACUGCGGCCAAUUUUCCAAUUAGGACCACCAGUUCAACCACAGCUACCCCGGCGAAUUUUACACCAAAGACGCCGCGGAAGGGCUCCACACCAUCAUCACCAUCACCCCUCUUUUCAAGUCGACGAUGACCAUUUAUGGAGUAUGAAAUCUGCUGCGAGGAUUCGUUUUAUAAUGAAAUGUUUGUUGAUGUUGAAUUCUUUAAAUGAAGCUGAGGAUGAUAACAGAGCUGACAUUGGUGAGGGGAAACGCCAUCCAGAUCACGUCCGCCGGGAUGACAUUCUCUGGACUAAAGUGGGAAGUAAUCAACCCAAGCCUGAAAGACCUUCCGGAAAUUCCGAAAGCAGUGAGGAGGACUAA